AUGGCUCCGGAGAGACUCUGGCUGGAUGAAGAAAGACGCGGUUGGUGGAAAAGACCUUCAGGAAAGUGUCAACGCCUUAUCAUACUUCACGCAGGAGGUGAAACGGGGUGGACUCCCAAUGCAGACUUGGUUUUCAGAUCAAGAAAGAACAGCACAGACUACCACGACGAAAUGAACUCAGAGCAUUUCUUGGAGUGGUUCCAGAACCUGUUAGUCAAUGUACAGCCAGGCUCCGUUAUCGUGCUUGAUAACGCCCCUUACCACAACUCUGUAGUAGAAAAGGUUCCGACAGAAUCAAGCAGAAAAAAAGAAAUGCAAGAGUGGCUUACAAGAAAGCGAAUUCCUUUUAGUGACAGAGACCUGAAGAAGGAUUUGUUUGCAAAAAUCCAAUUGACGGUGCCAAACAGGAAGUUGUACGCUACCUACGAAGUUGCCAAGGCAUGCGGCCUCAUUGUCCUCCGAUCUCCUGUCGCACAUUGUGAACUUAACCCCAUACAGCUGGUCUGGGCUGAUGUCAAACGAUAUCUCAAAGUCCACACCAAAACGUUCAAGCUUGCAGACCUCGAGCAAUUGGUUCCAAAUGCAUUCCAAUCCGUCACACCCGAGAUGUGGGCCAAACACUGCCAGCAUGUGCAGAAAGAGGAAGAGCGCUUCUGGGAGAAGUAUGGACUCCAAGAAGAGAGCGUGGAGGAAUUUAUCAUGAACGUUUGUAGCAAGCCCGUAGUCAGAAGAUCCCAGACAAGUCUCACUACCGUGGGCGGUACACGUAAUGUUCUUCUACACGUCUGA